GCCCCAGCAGCUGCCCCACCAUGACCUCCUGGGCCCUCCUGCUCCUUGCCUCGGCACUCCUGGCCACCCCGGGUCUGACCUUUUCUGGUCUGACCCCUGAGGAUCAUGACCUGGACAUGGCUGACAGGUGUCAGGAUGAGAAGUUCUUCUGGAUGCUGGCCCAGGAGACCCCACAGCAUAAUGCGUCUUUAAACCUAUGUGGUACCUGUCGUCUGAUACUUAAUUGGCUGAAGAACCGCAUGGGACAGUGUCGGAUUCAGAUACAUCACAAAAGGGAUCCUGAAAGGGAAACGCCCCAAGCAAAUCUGUGUGAAACUCAGGAUGUGUUAAUCUACAGUAGGUCUCUGAGCCCCUGGGGCAUCUGACCCCACCCUGGGGAGAAGCACAGAUUCCUCACGAACCACCACCUACUUCGGCCCUCCCCAGUUCAGAGCCGACCCUCCGGUUUGUCUCACCUAACUUCUCAGUGCCUUCCCUGCAGGAGA